AAAAACUUGGUUUGGUGCUAUCCUAGUCUUUUUCUCUUCUAAAAAUUCUAUCACACCCCUCAACUCUAAACCUUAAAUCUAGAUUAGUUAAUUCUAUGGGUAUAAAGGUAUUUUACCUUUCAUUAAAAGGGAGGGUGAAAGUAGUUAAUUUAAACAUGAAAAGUGAUACUAUGAAUGUGAUAUUUGUGGUAAUUUUACCAUAAAUAACACAAUUUUAUUUUUUCAGAUAAACUUAUUUUGAAAAAUUAAAUAUUAUAAAAUAAAAUAUGUAAACUAGUAUUAAUUAAAUUAGAUUAUGAAAUGAAAACUUUUAAAUUAGUAAAAUUAUAUUAAAAUAUAACUUGACAAAGACAAUUAGUGAAUAUUAUGAAUAUAUUAAUACUAUACGAUUUUGUGUUUUUCAAACAUGCAAUAUAUCUAGACCAAUACGAGUUAUUUUAAUGAACAAAUUAUUUGAUUUUAAUUCUGCAAAUACUAAACCACUAAUAAUUUUAUAUUUUAUCUAAUAGGUAGUACAAUAAGUUAUAAAAAGCAACAAAAUAAUUUUAUUAUAUUUCAUAAAAAAAAAAUUUUAUCCCAAUAAAACUAAGAAUUUUUAUUAUAAAAUCAAAAAAAAUAUAUUAGCAACAGUUUAAAAGAUUAGCAAGGUCGGCUUUAGAGAAAUUAACAUGAAAAUGAUAUAAAAAGCCCAAUCAGUGAUUACUACGUAAUCAAAACAUAUUUUAAAAAAAUAAAAUAACAAGAUAUAAUAUAUCAAAUAAAAAAUAAAAAAAAUAGCAUACAUAUUACCAUCACUAAAAGAUCCACACACUCCUAAAGAAAACAAAAUGGCACUACAACACCGUAUCCUAUACUUUAAAAUUAAAGUAUAUAGUUGCAAAGUUCGAACGAAUGCUGCAAUACAAAACUCUACAAAGAACUAUGUUAUUAUGCAUAGUCGACCGUAAUGUCUUCAUAUCUCAAUAUCUUAACAUCCUAUAUAAACAAAGAUCACACAUAAAUAAAGGUUUAUAAAAAAAUAUAUAACCUUUUUUCUUUUCUUUCUUUGUCACGAAAAAAAAAAUAAAGACAAAUGUAUAACCAAUCCUUUGAACUAAAGACAAAUGUCAGCUCUUCUCUUUAAACCACCUCAUCAAUAGAUUAUGUAUAAACUUGACACAUAAGCAUAAAUUUUUAAAUAUUAAUGAAGAAUCCUAAAUUCUCAUAUUUUAUUAUUUAAACAAAUUAUAUUAACAAAACAUUUAAUAAAUCAUAAAAAAACAAUUCUUGAUUUUCAAUCUAACCAAAAUUCUGACAUCAAUCUUUUAAUUAAUAAAUAAUAACUUAAUGAAUAUAUAAUAUAAAAUAAAUAUUUAUUUAUUUCUUUAUUUAAAAACUAAUAGAAAAAAUCAUAUAACAAAAAAAUAGAAAUUUAUUUAUGCUAUUUUUUCAUGUUUCAUCAAACAUAGACCAACAAAAAUAAAAAAAAAUAAUGAAUUCCAACCAAAAACUAUUCUUUUUUCGGCCACCAAGUUUAAGCCUAGACCAGAUAAACAAAUUAUCGAAAAUCAGAACUAAUGAUUAAUACAUAAUUAAAUAUAUUUUAAAAAUUAUUUGGAAAAAUAGAAACUAACAUGAUAUGGAAAAUAUAAUAAGAAAAUACAUUUACAAUAAAGCUUAAAAUUAAAAAAAAAAUACAGAAAAAAAUAGAGAAGUCUAUAAGAACGAAAAGAAAAAAAAAUCAUUUACAAUAUCACUUUUUCUGUUUCUUCAAACCUAAGCCAAAGACAAAAAAAAAAGUAAAUCUCAUCCACAUUUGUUUUCCUUUCUGGUCACUAAUUAAGCUCAAACUUAGAGAAAUUAACAAAAACAAAAAUAAAUAAUUGGAACCACAACCAGUGAUUAAUAAAUAAUUAAGAUAAAUAUUUUACAAACCAAUUGGAGAAACAGAAAUAAGAUAAUAUAACAAAUUGACAAUAAAUAAGUUAGUAAAACUACAUAAUAUAACUUGAUUUGGUGUGAAAAUUAGUUAACAAGUAAUAAUUUAGUAAUUUAAUCCAAGAUAUAUAAACUUCGAGAACAAAGAGAAAAAAAUCAUAAGAACAACGAAGAAAUAGAAAUGAUUUGCAAUAUUAUUUUUUAACGUUUCAUCAUCAAAUCCCGACCAACGAAAAAAGAAGAAGAAAACUCACUAGAAUUUCUUUCUUUUGUGGGUGCCAAGUUCAAGCUUAGAGAAAUUAACGUGAAAAAUGAUAUAAAAAGCACAACCAAUGAUUACUACAUAAUCAAAAAAAUGAUAUAAAAAGCACAACUAAUGAUUACUACAUAAUCAAAACAUAAUCUUUAAAAUAAAACUAGAUUUUGAUCCGCGCUUAAAAAGCGCGGAUUUAUUUUUUGAAUUUUAUAAUUUUUAAUAUAAAUUUUUAUAUAAGAUAGUUUAUAAGUUUGGCCAUAUUAUUCGGAACCGAAUAAUCAACCCGUACCAAAUUGAUAAAAUAAAACCAAACUUGAACCAAAAUUUAUAAAUAACCGAACAUAUCAUAUAUCUCUAAAACAAAGAUAAAUAGAUACCUAAACUUUUAAAAUACAAAUUAUAUACCUACAAAUAUUAAUUAUUAUGUAAUUUCUAAAUAACCAAAUAUCUUAAAUAUACUAUUUAUAAGCUGAAUUAUCCAAUAAAAACAAACUACUCAAACAUUUUUUUCAAAUAUUAAAAAAUUAUCUUAAUAAGUCUUCAACAUUCAGUCUAAUUUUCUACUAAAAGGAACCAAAACACCAAUAAGUGGUAUCUACAGUCAAACCAGUAAACGCAGUCACCAUAUAUAAUCUAGUUUCAAUUUAAUAAAAAUUCAUUAUUUAAAAUCCUUUAAAAUCUAAAAUCCAUAUUAACUCGUGAAUCUAUACCAGAUGACAUGGUGAAAAUCUAAAAUAACAUGAUAAUAUUUUUCAAAAUUUGAUUAAAUUUCUCAUAUAAAUUUUACUAAGAUAUAAAAUUGAAUAAACUACAUUGUUUUUAUGUUAUACAUUCUAGUUUAUAGUUUUUAUAUUGACUAUAUUAAGAUUAAAUUUUUGAGUUUUAGAAAUAAAAUUAUUAUUAAGUUGAGUAUAAUUGAGUUACCUAUAAAUGUUAAAAAUAAAUAAUAUAUUUUAUUUAAACAUAAAAAACAUUCUAAAAAUACUAUAAUUUCCUGAAAAAAUAUUUAUACAAAACCCUUUCUCCUAAUAAACCCAGUUGUAAAAGAUUUUCAUCACAAAAAUAACCUAGGAAGGUUUUCAAAGAAAAAGCUAUAAUUUUGAAAUAUAAUUAAGCUUGUUGUUGUACUUUGAAGUAUUUCUCUAAUCGUAAUUGGAAGUUAAUAUGUUUUGACCGUCGAAUGUUAUCAUGUUUUGAACUUUUUGUUAACCGUACUUGCAUCAUGUUUUUAUGUUAGUUUGGGUCAUAAAACAUUUAAUAUGAAUUAAAAGUAUGGUAUUGUUCAGACUUUAAUUACCAAUAAAUCCAAAUAUUUUUACAGUAACUGCUUUUGUUAAAGAAAAAUGAUCGUGGGUUGUAUAAUUAUUAAAUCAGUUAUAAAAUAAUCUGUUUUUAAAUAGGUUUAGUGGCACAAAAGUAAUAUUCCAAGGAAAAAUAUGGGUAAAAUAUAUCAAUGAUUCUGAAUUAAUAAUAUUGAUGUAUAAAUAUUUGGUGUAUUAUAGUAAUUAAGUUGAGUAUUAAAUAAAUGCAUUGGUUACUUUAUAGUUAGAGAAAUAUAAGGUAAUUGAUUAGUGUAUAGUUAGAGAAAUAUAUGGUGAGACCAAAAAAAUAGUUAAGUAUAAUGAAUAGGUCCAACAACCUUUCAUAAGUAGAUUUUUUGGGACUCCUUCCCUUUUAAUAGUAUAGAUAAUAAGAUAUAGUAAAUGAAAUAAUUAAAAAAAAAUACAUAGCUGACAAGAAAAAAACAUACAUAUUACCAUCACUAAAGAAAACAAAAUAGCACCACAAACCGUCGCUUGCACUUUAAAAUUAAGUAAAUAGUUGUAAAAUCCGGAAGAACACCAAAAUACACAACAACCCUACAAAGAACACGAUAAGAACAUAUAUGAUAGUGGAUCACACAUAAGAAAUCAAACAAUAUAAAGUAACUACACUGUCUUAUUCAAUUCAAAGAAUCAUAACUCUAUUCUUAUGCAAUUUAUUCAACGGCAAUGACUUCAUCUCUCAGUAUCGUAACAUCCUGUAUAAGCAAAGAUCACACAUAAGUAAGUGUUCACUAAAAUAUAUAACCAACCCAUUGAAACUAAAGAUAAAUAUUAAUUUAAACACUUAACUAUGCCAAAUUUCUGCGUUUCGCGCGGGCUCACUUGUUUGUAUAGUAUUCCGUUUGCAUUGUGCAUAGUACUGCAUAGUUAAAAAGUUCAAAACUAUUAUUCGAAUCAUUUAUUGAUUGCUUUGUGUACGAAGUCGUCUAGCAACUGACAUAUGGUCUUAUUAGUUUAAUAAUUUCUUUAUCAAAUUUCAAGAAAGGUUUAGUUUCAUAUUGGAACUGAUAUAUUUUAGAUGUGUUUGUAAAGUAAACAUUUUCUUUUAAUCAAUGCUUUAGUGGUGGUUUAUCUGUAAUUUAGACUUUUUGGUAGGGAUGAUGAAGCUGAGAUGAUCGAAAAAAUUGCCAUUGAUGUUUCAAACAAAAUCAAUGUUACACCAUCAAAUGAAUUUGAAGGGCUGGUGGGAAUGGAAGCUCACUUGAGAAAACUAAACGCUUAUUUACACCUUGAGUGUGACGAAGUAAAGAUGAUUGGAAUCCAAGGUCCAGCUGGAAUCGGUAAGACAACUAUUGCUAGAGCUUUAUUCAACCAGCUCUCUGCUGAUUUUCAAUUUAAAUGUUUUCUCAAGAACCUCAAGGAAAAAUAUGAAACAUUUGGUACGGAUGACCAUGAUUCGAAAUUGUAUUUACAAACCCAGCUUCUAUCCAAGAUUUUGAACCAAAGGGAUAUGAAGGUACAUCAUCUAGGCACAAUAAAAGAAUGGCUACAAGACCAAAGAGUCCUUAUAGUUCUUGAUGAGAUAGAUGAUUUGGAACAACUAGACGCCUUGGCUAGAGAACCAUCUUGGUUUGGUUUGGGAAGCCGAAUUAUCGUUACUACUGAAGAUAAAAAGAUACUGAAGGCACAUUGGGUAGAUGAUAUCUACCAUGUGGAUUAUCCGUCGGAAGAAGAAGCUCUUGAGAUCCUACGUCUAUAUGCUUUCAAGCCAAAUUCUCUAUGGGAUGGUUUUGAUGAGCUUGCAAAGAAAUUAACAAAUCUUUGUGGUAAUCUUCCACUAGGUCUUCGUGUUGUGGGUUCAUCUUUACGUGGUGAGAAUAGGAACGAGUGGGAAGGUCAAGUUUCUAGGCUAGAAUAUAGCCUUGAUAGGAAAAUUGAGAAUGUGUUAAGAGUGGGAUAUGACAAACUAAUGAAGAAAGAACAGUCUCUAUUUCUUCACAUUGCGUUCUUCUUUAACAAUGAAACCAUUGAUCAUCUGACAACUAUGCUAGCUGAUAGUGACUUGGAUGUCAGAAAUGGGUUGAAGACCCUUUCCGAGAAAUCUCUCGUGCAUAUAUCAACCAAUGGGUUGAUCACAAUGCAUUGUUUACUCCAACAAUUGGGGAGGCAAGUAGUUUAUGAACAAUCUAAUGAACCUGGAAAGCGUCAAUUUUUAGUAGAAGCCGAAGAUAUUCGUAAUGUGCUUGCAAAUGAAACUGGCACUGGAUCUGUCUUAGGUAUAUCACUUGAUAUGUCUAAGAUAAGUGAGUUUUCUAUCAGUGGGCGAGCCUUUGAAGGAAUGCGUAAUCUCCGGUUCCUAAGAGUGCAUGGAAGAAAUUUUAGUACAUUGCAGAUGUUAGAAGACAUAGAAUAUCUACCUCGUCUAAGGUUACUCCAUUGGGAUUCAUAUCCAGGAACACUUCUUCCUCCAACAUUUCGACCUGAAUGUCUAGUCGAAUUCCAUAUGGCAUAUAGUAAGCUCGAGAAGCUUUGGCGAGGUAUCCAGCCACUUACAAAUCUCAAGGAUAUAGAUUUGGGACAUUCCAAAAACUUGAUAGAGAUCCCAGAUCUUUCAAAGGCUACUAGCCUCAAGACAUUGACACUUACAUCUUGCACAAGUUUGGUGGAGCUUCCCUCUUCAAUUAGAAACCUACACAAACUAAAAAAGCUGAUGAUGAUGGGGUGCGCAAAGCUACAAAUCAUUCCAAAAAAUAUCAACUUGGCAUCUCUUGAGGAAGUAGACAUGAGUGAUUGCUCACAGUUGCGAAGUUAUCCAGAUAUUUCUAUGAACAUCAAGGACCUCGAUGUUGGAAACACAAAGUUAGAAGUCCAUCCAUCAAUUGUUGAACGUCUACCUCGUCUUGAGUGGCUUCGUAUAGGCAGCAGAAACCUAAAGAGAUUAACACAUGUCCCCGAAAGUGUAACACAUCUAGACCUAAGCAACAGUGAUAUAGUGAGGAUUCCAGAUUGCGUCAUAGGCCUUUCUCGACUAGAAAGUCUUUUCGUCUUCAAGUGUAGAAAACUCGUGUCACUACAAGGUCUUCCCUCUUCCCUCAAGUACAUAGAUGCGACCGAUUGUGGAUCACUCGAGAGAGUGUGUAUCUAUUUAAAUGAUCCAAUGAGGGGCCUCCUGUUCCAAUAUCCAAUCAGGGAACUCAUGUUCCAAAACUGCUUGAAACUGGAUGAAGAAUCAAGAAGAGAAAUCAUACAACAAUGGGUUUACGAAUACGUAUGUUUACCAGGUAAAAAUAUUCCUGCGGCGUUCACUAACAAAGCUAAAGGAAACUCCAUAACCAUCCCUACGGUUACUUUCUCUUCAUCCUCAAGAUUCAAGGCAUGUCUAAUGCUUUCGCCAAUCAAGUAUUCAUAUCUUGAUAUAACUUGUCGUCUAAUAACAGAAGGAGGUGUCAUCAUCAUGGAGCUUAAAUGGGAUUCAAUGAAUGUUUCUCAUUUUCUUACGGAGCAUCUGUUCGUAUGUGGUGGUAACUUGGUUCAAGAAACACGUAAAGUGGAUGUUCAAGCGACCAAGAUUUUGUUUGAAUUCAGUUGCGUGGAUAACCUCAAGAUUCUUGAGUGUGGUGUUCAGAUCUUGAGUGAGGAAACAGAUCAGAGUUGUGAUGGUAGCGAAGUGGAUUACUUUGAUACUGGAGGAAGUCCUGACAACCACACGUAUGGAGAUGAAUAUUAUGAAAUGGAUGAUGAAGUCGCUCAAUCUGAGCAUAAAUAUUAUUGGCGUUGGCUUAAUAAGUUUUGGUAUGGAGAAGAAGAUGAAAGAGACGACGAUGAUGAAGAAGAAUAUAUAAACCACCAUCAUGGAUGGAAGACGGCCAUGAUGAUGAUGAAGGUGUUUGUGGUUGGUAUGUCUUUGCUUUUGCUAUAUCUUGUUAUCACAUAAAUUUUCUGCAAGCAUUUAGACAUAAAAUUACAUAUUUAUCUCUCUUUUGUUGCCUUCGAAAUAUAUGUAUCUAUUUAUCAGUUUUUCUUGUAUAACCCACAAAAAUUUAAUAAUUUACUGUCUACCUAUUUUACCUAAAUAGCUACGAUACAUGGUUGAACUGUCUUUUAGAUUUAUUUAGCUUUUUCAGAGCUUAUUUGAACUUUUUUUUUUUUUAUGGUCUGAAACUAAACAAUGUUUAAAAACAGCAACAAUACAUGGUGUGUAAUAUGUAUAAUUGCCAUUGUACAAUGAAUUCAAUAGAAUUGAAUAUAACUGUCAUCAGGAGUACUUCAGUGGAUUUGAUUGGAUUCUUAGGAAGAAAAGAUGAAUUUUAAUGGAAUUUCAAAGGAAUAAAACUCAGUUCCAAACUUCCGAAAGCUCAUCAAUUUUUAUUUUCCUCAGUCACAUUUCAUUGCUUGAUCUCAACGAUCUUCUUGAUUUUUCCCCAUCUAUAUCCAAAUGAACAACACUAUAUCACUAAUCUUCAGCUGUUAUUAGAUUACAAGAUCACAAAAUUGCAUCUUCAGCUGUUAUCAGUAUUUUUUGUUACUUGUUGUAUUUGGUACUCUUGUUCAGAAUUUCUCUACCAAUUACGGGAACAUGCUUGUUUCUUUAAACAGAUUAUACUCGAAAUUUUUAAGAAAUGUCAAAAUCCAUAUUAUAACUAAUGAAUAGCAUCGAAUUACAAGUCACAACUUAACUCGUUUCAUACAACUCAUGAAUAGAUUCAUCUUUAGCAUUACAGAAACACAAGAAAAGGCUGAAGAUUAUUUUUUUUGAAAAAGAAUUUGAUAUACAUAUAUAAAGUGUUACAAAGAAGCAAGUAAGAACUCAAAAAGAACAGAGGGGAAUUAGGCUGCUAUUAUUAUCAGGGGCGGAUGUACAUAGGUGACUACGGGGGCACGUGCCCCCCACUACUUAAAAAAAAAUUAUAUGUAUAUUAAUUAAAUAUAGUUAUGUAAUAAUUGGUCAAGAAACAAAGCUUUAUAUUUUCGGCUUAAACAAUCUAUAACACAUUAUUAUAUGACAUAAAUCUAUUGUAGCCCAAAAUAAAUAUAAAUUCAGUUUUAAAAAGUUCAAUCAAAAGCUAAAGGAAAUAAUAAUGAAGUUGAAAUCUACCUAAUUACACUACACCCAGAACUAACUACACCCACGUUUUUCUAUGUCUUCUCCCUAAUCACAAAAAUUUAAACACCGUAGACAAAAAGAUUGACGAGUUCAAGAGAGAAACUAAAAGGUAAAAGUUUAACCGUAAAACUAAAUAAAAUUUUGAUUUAUGUGAUUUAAGUAAUAAGAAAUUAUGAGAACGUAGAAACUAUAGUAAUGUACUAAUUUUUUUUUCAUAGAAAAUUUUAAUGGAAAAUAUUUCAAGCCUAAAUUUUUUUUUUUGCAUUUACGUCUGAAAACUCUAAAAAUGAUUUGUCAUCUCAAAUAUUUCGUGCCAUGAGUGAAACACUUGGGAUUUUUAACAUAAAAACCCCUCAAAUAAGUUUGAUUUGGAUAAAAACCCCUCAAUUAAGAAUGUAACACAAAAGCCCCCCAAGUCAGUUUUUUUAACGAAUUGACCCCUCCGUCUAUAGUGACGUUAAAAGCUGCAUUUUGUCGUUAAGUCUUAAACGAUGUGUUUCACUUAUGACAAAAACAUCACAGCUUUGUUAUCUUCUUCAUGGCUUUCCAAAAUUCCCAAAUCGAAAAUUUUAGGGUUCUUGUAACUUCUCUCAAUAUUUCUCCAUUCUUCUUCGUUCAUUGUAAAGAGAUUGAUUAUUGGAGCCAUAAUCACAACAGUUUUAGGACGUGGAAUACCCAGGCAGUGUCAAUGUGGAUCAUUGACAAUCAUGUUGACAUCGAAAACAAAGGGAAUCCAGAGAGAAGAUUAUACCGAUGUGGAGCUAUCUUUGGUCCAUGCCAUGUGUUUAAGUGGCAAUAUGAAGCACAAAUGGAAGAAUUUGGUGUCUUGGCUGAAAAACAAGCUAUGAUGGAGAACAAAUUGAUGGGGCUGAAGCAAGCUUUCUUGAUAUGAAUAAAGACAUAAGUGAGAUUAUUGGUGUACUAGAGAGAGAGUAUUAGAGCUAAGUUUUAGAAGUGUUGUUGGUUUCUUUUAGUCUUAUUGUUGUUGUUGUUAGACUCAUACCUUGUUAGUAUCUUAUGUUUAAACUGUUGGUGUUCUUUGGUUAAAUUAUUGUCUUUAAUUGUUGGUGAUGUCGUAGAGAUGGUGUCCUUUCAGGCUUUCGGUGACAUUAUUGCUCAACUACAGUAAUUUCUUUA